GUCGCUUUCCCGUUUGACUGGUUUAAGAAAGAAAGACAGUUUAAAUGAAGAGACACGGACCAGCCCUUUAUAUCUAAUAUUUAAGCUACCUUAUAAAGUGCUGCGCUUUUAAUACUGACAUUACGCCAAGCUGUUUAGCCAAUCAGAAACCAGCAGCUCCUGGGUGGGUGGUGCUUACGUCACACAGCGUCAACAAUCCGGAACCGGCUGGUUUUUAAGUUUCCAAAAACAGAGUUCACUUUUCAUUUUCAUGUGACAAAGUGGAGCUCAAUUUUGUCUGUGCUCUAGUUUUACCCUUUGAGAUCUUUUUAUCACACAAGAGGCAUUCAAAACAAGCUUUUUGUGUUUUAUUCAGCGUGUUAUUUUGUACUUUUUUAGUACAUUUUGAAGGAUUAUGCUGUUAAUUAACCAAAUGUGCGUCAUACUUGUGACACCAGUCUCUGCAACAGACUCCUGAAUCUGCAGAGUAUUUGAACAGGUGUGGGAACGUUUGAGCAGCAACUGGACAGAAGAAGAAAAACCAGAAGAUUUAGUUUUUUUAUUAUCGUCCUGAAGAGCUAUGGAACUUUCUCUGGUUCACCCGGCCCUCAAAGCCUUCAUGUGUGGCUCCGUCAGCGGGACCUGCUCCACGAUCCUCUUCCAGCCGCUAGACCUGGUGAAGACCAGACUGCAGACGCUUCAGAGGGGGGGGCUGCCAGGAUCUGGCCGGGUGGGGAUGAUGACGGUGUUUCUGAGCGUGGUGCGAACAGAGAGGCUGCUGGGACUUUGGAAAGGAGUUUCACCGUCUUUCGCCCGCACCAUCCCAGGAGUUGGGAUCUACUUCAGCACCUUCUACUCUCUGAAGCAGCACUUCUUCCAGGACGGAGCGCCGGGGCCCCUGCAGGCGGUGCUGCUGGGGGGGGGGGCCCGAGCUGUGGCCGGGGUCAUCAUGCUGCCCGUCACCGUUAUCAAGACACGCUUUGAGUGUGGCAAGUUCAGGUACAGCAGUGUGUGUGGGGCUCUGCGCAGUGUGUGUGUGACUGAGGGUCCGGCCGCUCUGUUCUCCGGCUUCAUGGCGACGCUGCUCCGAGACGUUCCCUUCUCCGGGAUCUACGUCAUGUUCUACAGCCAGGCCAAGGCGGCGCUGCCCACAGAGAUCAGCUCCUCCCCCUCCGCCCCCCUCUAUAACUUCUCCUGUGGGCUGCUCUCGGGGGUGUUAGCCUCUCUGAUCACGCAGCCGGCUGACGUGGUGAAGACUCAGGUUCAGGUGAACACACACCUGAGGACCGUCGAGGCCAUCAGACACAUCUACAAGGAGCAAAAACUGCAGGGUUUCUUCAGAGGAGCCGUACCUCGAGCCCUGAGGAGGACCAUGAUGGCCGCCAUGGCCUGGACCGUGUACGAGCAGAUGAUGGCCAGAUUUGGACUGAAAUCCUGAAAAUAAGAAGAAAUAAGUGCCUGAAGUCAAAUCACUGAGUACAGACAGUCAGAAGUCACUGUAAAACUUUUUUUUUAAGAAGACUGUGAAAUGGAUUUCGUUCCAAAAUGCACUUCGAGUGAAUCAGCCAAUCGGAGUGCAGGAUUUUGGUUGUUGUUUUUACCAAGACGGAAAUAUAGUACAAGAUGAGACGAGUGUCCGAAAACAUGCUUAAGAUAUUUUUUCCAGUUCCAGGUAUGACAUUUCCUCCAGCGCCUGAAAGUGUUUUGCUUCUACGACUUCUUUAAUGUCUCUUAUGCGACUUUCACACCAGCGCUUUUCCCUUUCUAGCUCCUAGCGAGAGCUUUUCUGGUUCAGCUCCGGUUUCCCUUUUCAGG